CUCCAAACAGAAACAUGGAACGGGUAGUGGUGGAGGUCCCGAUCAACAACGGUUUUUCUCUUGCUGGCCCUUCAACAACCCCACGGAAACGUCAGGUGCGCUUUUCAGCACGGCAUGACAUCAUCCUUCUGCGUGAAGUUAUUGCUCAGAACCCCUUUGCCUCCAAAGAGCCAGGACGGAUCUGGGCUCGUGUGGGGGAGAUUAUCACAGCAGCCCUCCAAGAUGAAAAUUUUGAAGUGGAUGCCAGGAGGUGUAGAGAGAGAACGAUGCUGCUGUUAGACUACUACAAGAAGCAAGACUUCCCCAGCUUGCGCAGGUUUGGAACAGAGAGAUUGUACGCCCAGAAAGAGGAUCUGCUCCAUGAAGUUUUGGAGCUGGAGGCUGAGAGGGGGCUCCUGGUCAGUGGUGAAAGCACAAAGUACCAGGAAGAUGAGUUGAGAAAGCGAGCAAUAGAAGAGCUAAGCCUUCCAGAGCAGGACAAGCCUAACAUAACAAUCACACAAACUACUACAGAACCAGAAGAAGACCAUGAAGAAAUGGCUGAACUUUCAGCGGCACCCACAGCCAAGCAGGCCUGCCAGUGUUGCUGCCAGACUUAUUCAGAGAUCCUCAGCUUCCUGGAGAAACGCUCAGAGGCAGAACAACGGUUGCGGGAGGAGGAGCUUGCCCUCCGCAGGGAGGAGCUAGAGAUUCAGAGAAGUAAGAUUGCUCUGGAGCGGGAACGUCUGGGAGCUGAGAGAAAAGAAAGGGAGCGAAGAUUUGAGCUGGAGAGCCAAGAAAGGCAGGUCAUCUUGGACCUUCUUAAAGAAAAGGUGCUGAAAGGCUGAUUUCACUGGCAUUUUAAUGCCAUCUUCAAAAAACUGAAAGCAAAGAAGAACAGUGUUGGCCAUUAAAAAGAGGAAGGAAAGCAAUGAAACAGGACGUAAAAAUAUAAAUUGCUGUUGGUUGUUAUAUGCAGGUUAUUGACCUGGUAAAAUAACAAAAUAAAAUGGGAUUAAAGGGAUAUCCAGUGAAUUGAGAUUUCAAAUGGAGGGCAGUCUUUGAGUAAUAUUAUGGGUGUCUGAGUGUGUGCAGACAUACAGUAUACAGUAUGUGUACCAAACAGGCAUAAACUGACUGGGUCUCAAAAGGUCAGCUGCAGAAAGCUAUUCGAUU